AUGGUAUUAGAUGAUGUCAAGAGGAUGGCUCGCAGAGCCUUUUUACAGAUUCAGCCAGCGGGAACUUCUGAAAAGGCAUACAAUCUAGUUACCCAAGGCUCAUCUGAACCAUUCACCACAUUUGUAGACCGGGUAAUUCAAGCUACUGAAAGGCAAUGUGGUGAUGAUUUGGCCCAGCCGAUAAUGAUCUGGGACAUCCUCAAGAAUAAUGCCAAUGCCCAAUGCAAACGAAUCAUCAAGGCCUUAGGGAAAGAAAGACCUACAGUGCCUGAGAUGAUUGAAGCAUGCAACUGUGUUGGGAGCCCAUAUGAUGUGGCAGUCGUCCAAGCAAAUGAACCCAAAGAAACCCAGGGAGACAAACUGGAAAGGGCUCUUGCAGCACAAGCACAACAGGCAGAAGCACGAGACCAAAGACUUACUGAAUUUCUGGCUGCCCUGCAUCUCAGCUCCCAGCAACAGUACAACACCAUGGCUUCAUGUAAAAUCUGCGAAUACCCCAAUCCCAAUGCCCUUCGCUGCAUCACCAGCACAAUCCCAGCUAAUGACCCAAGCUUACUACCCCCAGGCACCUGGGGCACUCUGGCGACCUCCAAACCAACAACCUUCUUAAAGGAUGAUGGCUAUGACUAUAUUUCGACAGGAAUCACUGGGCCUUCACAACUCCGGCAAGACUUUCUAAUAGUUGGCAAAGAAAGGAAUUGCAUCCUGGGGUUACUUGUUUUGCCUUGUGUAGUCUCUGCUAACUGCAAUGAAGAACUAUUAGUGCUAGCCAAGGCUUACUACCCCCCAUUGCAUAUUCCACCUAGAACCCCUAUAGCCACUGCCAUUGCACGGCCUAUGGGAACCAUGGACCAGAUACCACCACGUUGCUUCCCAGUCACCUCUGAAAACCCCGAGGUCCUAUGGGUUCAACACAUAAGUGAACUAAGACCGAUGCUAACUUGUGAAUUAUCAAAUGGCGGGGUUCGAGUCACCAUCAAGGGGAUGAUUGAUACGGGGGCAGACAUUUCUGUAAUUUCUUCUUGCUAUUGGCAAACUGAUUGGAGGUUGGUACCUCCCCCAGGCACUCUCACAGGCAUCGGAGGGGACACUAAAGCACUCAGCACUCUGAAACUGACCUGGAAGACUGACACCCCUGUCUGGGUCGAUCAGUGGCCCCUGCCAGAUAACAAGCUGAGUGCCCUCAAAGAACUGGUAGCAGAACAACUGCAGAAGGGCCACAGUAAGCCCACUAACAGCCCCUGGAACUCACCUGUAUUUGUGAUCCAUAAGAAAGCCUCUAACACCUGGCGACUGCUACACGAUCUCAGAAAAAUCAAUGAGGUGAUCGAGAACAUGGGCCCUCUCCAGCCUGGCCUGCCCAACCUGUCCAUGAUCCCCAGAGACUGGCCUCUUAUCAUCAUAGAUCUGAAAGACUGUUUUUUCAACAUCCCACUGCAUCCAGAUGAUGCUCCUCGUUUUGCCUUCUCUGUCCCGAGUACGAACUUACAAGAACCGCUUCAAAGGUAUCAUUGGCUUUCUCUGCCACAAGGAAUGAAAAACUCGCCUACUAUCUGCCAAUAUUUCGUGGCCCGCGCGCUGACUCCAGUCCGCCAGAAGUUCCCACAAUCUGUUAUCCUCCACUACAUGGAUGAUCUGCUUAUUGCAGCACCAACGCAAGAACAGAUGAGAGAGACUUGUAGUUAUGUUGUUGCUGAAGUCAAAAAAGCUGAACUGGUGAUCUCUGAAUCAAAAAUACAGGAAACUGCCCCCUGGAAGUAUUUAGGUUGGAAACUGACAGAUCAGUCUAUUUACCCCCAAAAGAUACAGAUCCGAACCGAUGUCCGCACUCUGCAGGACUUACAACAGAUUUUAGGGGAAAUCAAUUGGGUUAGGCCUGUCCUAGGAAUAACUGCUGACGAACUUGCUCCACUUUUUGAUUUGUUAAAAGGGGACAAUGAGCUCAGAUCCCCCAGAUCUCUCACUCCAGAGGCUUGUAAGGCCCUAGAACACAUCACUGAUGUUCUGCAGAACAGGCAGGCACAUCAUUAUGUUCCUGGUCAACCCUUUUUCCUUGCAAUCUUGGGGGAAAAGUUGAGGCUGUGUGGUCUCAUCUUCCAAUGGGACUCUUCUCUCAGAGAUCUGCUGUUAGUAAUUGAAUGGGUUUUUAUUUCCUACAGGUCACCAAAGACAAUCCUCACACCUUUAGAAAUGAUGUCACAGAUCAUCAUCAAAGGCAGAGCAAGUCUUCUUUCAAUAGCGGGCCGUGAGUUUGAAACUAUUUACUUGCCCAUGAAAAAAACCUAUUUUGACUGGGCUAUGCAAAAAUCAGAGGACCUGCUGUAA